AUGCCUACAUCUUCAUCGGCACCAGUUAGUAGACCACAAAGCUCUGAUCAACGAUCAUAUCAUGAAUUUGAACGAUCACCAUAUACUGCUGUACCAUCAACAGCACUUAGUUAUGGAGCAACACAACGAAUUGCAUCAUUAGCAAAGCCAAAAUAUCGUAGAGAUACUACUGUUCGAGAUGGUUUUUCUCGUUAUUACCUUAACCCAACAUAUUCUGGCGUAACUCGAGCAGCAUCAAAUGCAGAAUGUUCAUCACGUGUUAGUGAAUUAGCUCAACCAAUCAAAUUACAAAAAGAACAUCGAUUUGAACAUCCUUCUCCACGACCUGUAUCACGUGGUGCAUUAAACUAUCGAGCGUCAUCGAAAAUUCAUGAGUUAUCUGCACCAAGAAAACCACCCACUGUAGAAUAG